AUGUCGGUCACGCCCGUACCCAACUCCCGGCUGAUGAGCCCUGCAUUCGCUCUGAAGCUUACACCCUCGAAUUCACCUUUUGCCAAAGGCACGUCUGCCAAAUCUCCGAUCAAAUCCAAUCGUAAUGAUUCCACACUUUCCCUCCGACAAGUUAUUGGCACCACCGUUGCUUCCCCAAACUCUUUCGACGGACUUCCCAACAGCAACUCUUUCGCGUUCACCGCUGGCGCAGCAGCUGUCAUCGCGACAGUCGACGAAAAGUACCAAGUUUCUCAACGCUUCUUCCGAGCACGACCGACCACAGCUCCCAUCAACACGGCGACCUCCGCCUAUGGUCCUUCCACACCCAACCAGAAUCCGAAUGAUAGUCGCAUACGGACUCCAGCUUCGAUAAGAGAAUCGGGAAUCGGAUUAUCUUUGGGAUCUCCUACGGCUGAGUGGGGAGAUGCUGCCGGCGGAAAGUCAUGGACGGCUCGCGAUCGGGUCAAGACCGCCACAUGUGUCUCCUUCAGCCCGGAUGGCAAAUACUUGGCUGUGGGCGAGACGGGGAAUAAACCCAGAGUUCUUAUAUUCUCUACGGCGCUGGACGCACCUUCCGAUUAUCCCUUGACGUCUAUAUACGAUCAUACAUUUGGCGUACGAUGUGUUGCAUUCAGCCCCGAUUCACAACUCCUUGCUAGUUUAGGUGCAGCUAAUGAUGGAUUUCUUUACAUCUGGAAUGUGAACCCAAGAAAUGGGUCCACGGUCUUCUAUGCGAGUAACAAAUGCACGAGCAACAUUACACGCAUUGCCUGGCUUGGCCAAAAUCUGAUAACUAUCGGCACUCGACAUGUGAAAGUAUGGCGUACGGAAGAGGUACAAGUCUUCUCGCCAACGAAGUCACGCAUGAGCGAUUUUGGCAAUUCUGUCCCAGGGUCUAUGAACAAGACUCUUCAGGGCAGAAAUUGCCUUCUUGGACCUCUACUCGAAUGUACUUUCACGAGUGUCAUUCCCAUUAGUGCAUCGAAGGCUGUCAUCUGUACGUCCCGGGGAGAUAUUUGCCUUCUCGAUGACACAGAAGGCGCGCAACGCCUUUUCAAAAUCGCAGAUGCCGGGUUUGGUGUAAAUUGUUCAACUGUGUCUGAUGACGGCAGGCUACACCUUACAGGUGCUCAAGGCACUUUAAAGAUACUCAGGGUCGACGAUCUGCUCGCAACUCGUACUCCCCCGCAAUCCCCCGGCCCGGUUGACGCGACAGAGGAUGCUGCCCUUGCAAGCGAUACAUGCCACAUUGAAGCCAUAACAUCUUUGAAGUCUUGCUUGGUCUCGGUGGACUCUGAACACCAUAUCAAGCUGUUGAGACUACCAACAGACGAUGGAAGUUCCGUGGAGGUGAUUCGGCAGCUACCAGCUCAUAGCGACGCUGUAUUAGGGGUUGACGCGCUCCCACUACCCAAUAAAUUUGACGCCUCAUUCUUCACCUGGUCGGCAGAUGGGGCUGUUCUAUUUUGGGAUCAAGGCGGUUACUGCAAAGGAGAUAUGAAGGUCGAGUUGACACAACCCGAUGAUGUCGAAGAUGAUCGUAACGAGCUCAAAGUCGUGCGUGCCUCCCGUAACGCCGAUUUCUUCGCCUGUGGUGACAAAGUUGGUUUACUCAGGAUUGUCGACGGCAAAACGAAGAAGACAGUAUUUACCUGCAAGGCUCAUGCCGCAGAGGUCACUGAUGUCACAAUUCACGAGGAGAGCAAUGCACUCGUCGGUUGCUCAAGUCGCGAUCGAACUCUACAAGUCUUUGAGCAAAGAGAAGGUACAUGGGAAUUACUGCAGACUAUGGAUGAACAUGUUGGUGCUGUUACUUCUCUUCUAUUUUCUAAGAAUGGUACAAGGCUUAUAUCAAGUUCAUCCGAUCGAACAAUUGUGGUGAGGGAGAAGGUCUCGUUGCAAGAAGGCCAUCGACUUUUGACCGCUUUUGUCAUAUUGCGGACAAUCACGCUGAAAGCCACCCCUUUGUCAAUUAUUCUGGACCCUAAUCAGGAUGAUGCUAUAAUCGUUUCGACCAUCGAUCGGCAAGUUCAUCAGUAUGAUAUUGAGACUGGUCAGGUCAUCACGUCUUUCAGAGCCACAGAUACUGAGGGUGGAGAUGCUGUAGCUUUAUCUGGUCUCGUGACUGUGCCCAGACGAGGAGCGACCUUGACAGGGGGUAUUUCCAGUACGGACAAAUCUGUGCGCCUAUACAAUGAGAGUGGAUCAUUGAUAAAACGUGACUGGGGUCAUACUGAAGGAAUCACCGGAAUUACCCUAGUUUCUACCAGUGAAGGAGAGGAGACGGAUAUGGAACAAAAAUCACUUGUGACUGUCGCUGCCGAUGGUACCAUCUUUAUCUGGGACCUUGACCGUCGGCAGCAACAACUUCAAGAGCUGACGAAGUCAAUGGACCUUAUGGGGCUCAGCCCCGUGGAGAAGGACAAGAAAUCCAGUCGACCUCCUCUUCGCAGAGUGUUGUCCCAGUCGGAGCUUGCGCGUUUCCAGCGGUCAUCGACGGAAGACGCGCAAACUCCAACACAAACCGGAAGUCGCUCCCCUCGAUUGAGGAAGAAAUCAUCCAAAUUUAGCCUCGCACAAGCACCAAGAUUGGACCCUCCUUCAUCUUCGGCCAACUUAAGAGGCGGUUACUCUACACCUGAGAUUCCAACGCGUCGAUCGUUUCGAAAUCGAUCACCGUCUCCCCCAAGUCCGCGAAGCAAGGUUGAAGCUGCCAAAAUAGCGAAAAUGCGUCGCUCUUCCAAUGAUCUACGAUCCAGAGCCAAACCAAUGCCGACUACGUAUGAAUUUGGAAGUCUUGGCAAUUCCACAGAGCAAGUCUGCCGGACAUUGCGGGCAUACCGGAAGAAACUAGGGAGCAGUUCCGACAAUCUGACGACGGAGCAAGUACGAGAGCUUGAAAGAGAGCUGGCGCUGACAGCACGAGCAGUCGGUGAGAAGGCAAUUCAGAGUAGGGGAAUGGACGAGCGUGUGAUGGCGAAACUACUGGACCAAUACUCGAACCGACUGGUAGAGAUGUUGGACGAGAAGAUAGCAGAGCGGGUCGCACAACAGGUUCGCAAAGGGAGCGAGGUCAAUAGCUCAGACGAGACCGAUGCAACACGAGAGCGUAGUGACAGCACAGACACAGACACGAUAAAAGGCGUUAAGGACAAAGGGGAAAUAGGAGGCUGA